AUGUCCAUGCCGGAGUCGCCUGGAAGGCCCUCAAUGGGACCAACGCCCUCAAUCUCAUCUUCUUCAUCACUUACGACUUCGCCAUCAUCUUCGGGCAAGUCUUCCUCGGUGGAAUGGCGGAAAAGAUCAGGGGUCUCUUCGCGGUCAUCUUCCAGAUCAGAAACCGAGGUAGCAGAAGAUAUUUCAUCUUCCUCCGUUUCUCCGAGGGUGGAGAUGUCUGACGUUUCACUCAAUAUCACAGCCGUUUGCGUUAGUUUGUUAAGGGGGCGCAAUAUGUACUUGAUGACCCGUUUAGACGCAGGGAAAUUCAGAUCGAUUUCAGCGAUUGAGGAUGUGAGAGCGGCGAUGAAAUUCUUUUCAAACAUCGUUUUCGCAAGCUGCCUGGUCGAGGAUGGGAAGGCUGUAUCGGCCAGUGACAUCAAUCUAGAAUAUUUGGCAUCUAAGGGUUCGUUUGACGUAUUGGCCUCUUUGUAUGCUCGGAGUGCAUGCUCUAGAACGAACCUCCGCACGAAGGCAAGCUCAGGCUCAUCUUCUUCGUUCGAGUUUUGCUCGCUUCGACGUCUGCCAGUGCCGCCAAACUCGCCUGUCUUCGUGCACAGCGCUACAAGCACACGCAUCGUCCAAGCCGAUGUGUUGGCGCGCUUCUUGAACACAACAGACUCAUCAUGCUCCAUUGUACCAAUUGGGACGAGCGCAUUCAGCAGUGGAUCUGCUUUGCGAGAGAAGUUGAUAAACUCCACCUUCGUACGGUUAUACGACGAAAGAAGCUCAAUCGGGUGGUCAUCCGCUUUGAACGCCGGUUUCUCCGCUUUCUUAGAAUUACGUGUGGCCUGCAAGUCAGUGGUAGAAACAGAGGGUGAAGGUUCAUCAGUCGCCAUCUCCACAUCAGUUUGGGUUUCCGAUUGUUCAGGAGCAGAUGUUUCUGUGGCCUCUGUCGAAGGUUCCUUGUCGUCUACAUCCUUGUAA